AUGAGUGUCGUGCCACCGGAAAAUACAGAUAAAUUCGAACUCGAAAGGCUACAUGAUCUCGCCAUCCAUCAUGAAUAUGCCUCUUCCGUAGUGAAGAAAGACCAGAAGGUUCACACCACGACCGCUGAGAGUCCAGCUCUGACCGACUCGGACAAGGGGAGCAGCUCUCCUACCGCUCUGAAUCAAACUGUAUGGACAGUCAAGACCUUCCUUGCCACCCUGGCAUUGGCAGGCCUUUACGUUGGAUCUCAGAUACCCCUAUAUUUCGUUGGAGCAGCAUUGUCAUAUGUGGCUGCCGACAUUGGCGGUGUCGAAGCAUCUUCAUGA